UCACUCUGAAAACCAGCUGACAUGUUGCUGAGGAGCUGCUGCACCGCCUGCACUCUGCUGCUGGGCUUCACUGCUGCUGCAGUGUUUGUAGAGAAGCGUGAGGCCAACACAGUGCUGCAGAGAUGGCGGCGAGCCAACAGCUUCAUGGAAGAGCUGAAACAAGGAAACCUAGAGAGGGAAUGCAUCGAGGAGGUGUGCGACUACGAGGAGGCUCGAGAGGUCUUCGAAAAUGACGACCAAACGGAUGAAUUCUGGGCCAAAUAUGUUGAUGGUGAUGCAUGUGAGUCACUGCCCUGUGCUCAUGGAGGAGUUUGCAAAGAUGGGGUUGGCAGCUACACCUGCUACUGUCAGUCCGGGUACAGGGGCUUCAACUGCGAAAUCGUUAUUCCUGAGCUCUGUGAGACAAAAAACGGCGGCUGUGAGCAUUUCUGCAGUGUGGUCCAAGGACAAGUUGAUUGCUCCUGUGCUGACGGAUAUUUCCUGGCAUCAGAUUACAAAUCCUGCAACUCCAACCAAACCUUCAAAUGUGGUGCCAUCUUCACCGGAGACAUCCGGACAGUUUUCAUAUACGAGCGGCAGAACACAACCACAGGGAAUUCUUCCACAUUGAACCUGCUGGACCACAACACCAGCUCCACCAAGCACAAUGACACUGCUCAUCUCUCCAAGUCCUCACCUUCUGGGAACAGCAGCAACAGUCAAAUUGUGCAGAAAUAUGUUUUAGAGGAUACACUCAAGUCCCAAAUGGCAAAGUUUACUCGCAUCGUCAAUGGAGAGGACUGUCCACCAGGAGAAUGUCCAUGGCAGGCUCUGCUCAUGACUGAAGACAACCAAGGAUUCUGUGGAGGAACCAUCCUCAAUGAAUACAUCAUCCUGACUGCUGCCCACUGCAUGAACCACUCACGCUACAUGUAUGUCAAGCUCGGUGAGUUUGACACAUUGGUGGAGGAUGGAAAUGAAGCUACCCACUACGUGGAAACUAUUAUCACCCACAAUAAAUACAAACCGGACACUUACCUGAAUGACAUCGCGCUCAUCAAAUUAACCACGCCCAUCAAGUUCACCAAGUUCAUCCUCCCCGCCUGCAUCCCUGAGCAAGAUUUUGCUGAAAAGGUGCUGAUGCAGGAGCCGGAAGGCAUCGUCAGCGGAUUUGGCCGUCUAGGCGAGCGCCUGCAGCCGUCCACCAUCCUGCAGCGCCUCAGUGUUCCCUACGUGGAUCGGGUCAAAUGCAUUGAGUCCACUCCGCUGCGCAUCUCCACCCGCAUGUUCUGUGCCGGCUACCACACAAUAGCCAAAGAUGCGUGCCAGGGCGACAGCGGAGGGCCGCACGUCACGCGCUACCGCAACACCUAUUUUAUCACUGGCAUCGUGAGCUGGGGCGAAGGCUGCGCACGCAGAGGUAAAUAUGGCGUCUACACCCAGGUGUCCAAGUACAUCCGCUGGAUCCGAGAUGGCAUAGACAGGCUGGUGCCCAAAGAGAAGAGCGCCACACGGAUGAAGAGGCAUCGUGGCCCGAUCAAGAGGCUGACGCUUGAAGUCAGUGUCAUGGCAGUCAACAUCAUGACGGUUUGUUGCCGAGCAUAUGUUCUGUUUCUUUACCUCCUUCACUGCUUCCUUCAUGUCCUCAGCCAAGGAGAAGGGUUUCAUCAGGCUCCACCGGCCCACAGCAUGUUCCUCAGGUCCAGACGGGCCAACAUGUUCCUGUUAGAGGAGAUCCUGCAGGGGAACCUGGAAAGGGAAUGCUACGAGGAGCUGUGCAACUUUGAGGAGGCCCGAGAGUACUUUGAGGACACCAAAAAGACGAUCGACUUCUGGGUGUUUUACAUUGACGGGGACCAGUGCCAGCCCAAUCCCUGCCUCCAUGGGGGCAACUGCACUGACAAGGUUGGAGGGUUCUACUGCUCCUGCACCAGCCCCCACUAUGGACCAGUCUGUGAAAAGGGAGCACCAAAGAACCUGAAGCGCCCACUCCCCACGCCACAUGUCACCUGGCCAGGUGUUCCAGAAAUCACAGAGUGUCCGACUGAAGGUCCAACAGCCUGCCACCAGCUGUGCACGGCAUCCCGCAACUCCUUCACCUGCUCCUGCCUGCCAGGAUUCAAACUGCAGAGCGACAAACGUACCUGUCUGCCUCAAGUGGAGUUUCCAUGUGGAAGACUUCCUGGCAGGUUUAACAACACUGCAUCAAUUUGUCACCAUGGAAAAUGUCCCUGGCAGGUGUCCCUACUGAACAGCAAAGCGGUGGAGGUGUGUGGUGGAGUGGUGCUGGGUCAACGCACCAUCCUGACCGCUGCCCACUGCCUCCUGGACUCAGAGUCUAACCCCAGUCCCUCCAACUUCUUUGUGGCCACUGGCAACGACAAGAUCCUUGUUCCUGUCCAGGCUCUGUAUGUUCACGACCGUUACCGUGCAGAUCACCAUGACAAUGACCUUGCCCUCCUCGAGCUGGCUAACCCCCUCCCCUUUAGCUCAGCCCUCACACACCUGUGCCUUCCCACAAAGGACUUCAGUGAAAACAUCCUGAUGCAUUCUGGGAGGACAGGUGUCGUUGAGCAGCAGGGGGGCAGACCAAACCAGGACCUGGUCUACAUGAUGCUGGAUGAGUGUCGGAUCCAGCUGAAUGUUUCACAUCCACUUACAAACAAAAUGUUCUGCAUGAGGAGGCAAAAUGGAGCCCAGAAGAGCCCAGAUGGACAGAUGGGGAGCCAAAAUGACUCUGAGGGGAGAACAAAUGUUCUUUCAGGGAAAAGAACGGAGGCCCAGAGGCAGCAAAGUGGACCUGUGUGGAACCAUUAUGGAGGCAAGAGGCUGACUGAGCCUUUAGGGAACCAAAAUGUAGCCCAGAGAAACCUAACCCAACCUCCAGAGACCCAAAAUGGUACACAGGGAGGGCUUGAUGGACAUAUAAUGAACAGGAGGCAGAAUCAGACCCAGAGGAGUCAAACUGGAACCCAGGGGACACCAAAUGGAGCAGAAAAUCACAAAGGCAGCAUUACACAAAAUGGCACCAAGUUGAGGUCAGAAGGCAGCGUCAGGCGAUGUGGCGGUAUGUUGCCAGGGUCGCCUGUUGCCACGGUGGAGCAGGGGACAGCGUUUCUGACCGGGCUGAUGAUCUCAUCGUCUGCAGGCUGCGACGGCGAUGACAGCCUGGUGUUCACCAAACUGUCCCGUUACCUGAAUUGGAUCAAACUGAGGUUGAAGGUGGCUGAGGACCGCAUGUCCUCCCGAUUCAGCGAGCAUCCUGAGAAUCACUAACAACCCACCAGCCAC